CAACAUCUAUACAGUCGAGCUUCAUCUGCCUCUGCCGAACGGUUUGCGCUGCGGCUGCGCUCAGAACUCGUGUGCGCGUCAACGCGAAAGCAUCUGCAGAGCGCCUCUAAAAAAUAGUACCAAAGUACCAGAGAUACAGAAGCAGCUAAAAGAUACAUCAAAAUACACAACGCAAAGUGCCAGAAGGAAACUGCAGCCAAAAAAUAAACAAAAACAACAAGCAAACACUUCUUGGUGCAUCAAAUAUAGUUUUUUUUUGCGUUCAACGAAAAUCCAAAUAUUGGAUAUCAUCUCCGAAUAUCCAUCGAAAAGUCAGUGAUUUUUUUUCAACCAAAGAACUGUGAUUAGAUCCAUCAACGGAUCGAAAGCACACGAAAGUGACACCCAAAAUAAACAAAACAAAAAAGUGCAUACAAAACCGAAACCGAAACCGAAACCAAAACUAAAUCGAAAUCGGAAUCUAGAGAUUAGUGUUAAAAAAAGAAAAGAUCUAAAAGAGUGGCGUGUACCCCCGUUCCCGCUGCCGUUCCAGUCUAGGCCCAAAGCGGGAAAUGCCGCCGCAACUACGAAAAUAAUCAGCAAAGCACCACUGAAAGUCGAGACCCAAAUCGACUAGAACCCACUCCGAUCUCAGCAAUCGCAGCAAUCAGCCGAGUAAAAACCAGCAAAAUGUUGGCAGCAGCACAGCAACAGCAACCGCAGCAGCCAACCCAGCAGCCACACAGCACGGCCACGGUCAGCGCCGCCGCCACGCAGUCAGCGAUGGAGCGUCAGCGCCGCGAGUCCACCACAUCGGAGUCCUCGCUGGAGCAUCUCGACCUCGGCCGCACACCAAAGAAGCUGAGCAGCAGCAGCGGCCCACAGCCCACAUCGACGCCACACGACACGGCCCCGACAUCGUCGCGCAAGCGCAAGCUGCGACAGCACCAGCAACAGCAUCAGCAGCAGCAGCAGCAGGAUCUGCUUAGCGACGACGAGGAGGAGGAGGAGGGGCCACGUGCACUGGAGGAGACGGUGGCUGUGCAGCGGCCGCGCCACAAGCAGCGACGCAAUGCGCCCUCCUCGGCGGCGGCCAGCGCCAGCAUCGUGAUGGACUACAGUGCCGGCGACGCCAGCUCGCUGCGCAAGAAGUUCCGACUGAACCGCAGCGCCGCUGCCGCUAACGGCGACCUCUCGGAGUCCGGAUUCGUGGACGCCAGCAGCUACAGCAGCAGUCAUGCAGCCGCGGCCGCCGUCUCUGCUGCAGCGCAGCAGGCGUCGAAUGCCUCCAGCAGCAGCAGCAGUAAUAGCAGCGGUAGUGGCAGCGGCAGCGCCAGCGGCAGCGGCAGCUCGGGCGCCUCUUCGCCGGAGGGCCUGAGCCUGUCCAGCGGCGAGUCCGGCAUCGGGGCCGGCGACGAGCACAUGAAGUACCUCUGCCCCAUCUGCGAGGUGGUCUCGGCCACGCCCCACGAGUUCACCAACCACAUCAGGUGCCACAACUACGCCAACGGCGACACCGAGAACUACACGUGUCGCAUCUGCUCCAAGGUGCUCUCUUCGGCCUCGUCGCUGGACAGACACGUGCUGGUGCACACUGGCGAGCGUCCGUUCAACUGCCGCUACUGCCACCUGACCUUCACCACCAACGGCAACAUGCACCGCCACAUGCGCACCCACAAGCAGCACCAGUCGACGACGCAGCAGAGCGCCUCUCUGUCGCAGUCGCAGUCGCAGUCACAGUCGCAGUCGCAGCAGCAGCGACGCCUCUCACAGCAGCAGCAGCAGCAGCAGCAACAGUCGCAGUCGCAGUCGCAGCUGUCGCUGGGUGGGCAUACGGGACGUGCGGAGAGCUACGAGAGUGAUGCCAGCUGCUCCACGGAUGUGUCCAGUGCACACAGCCAUGCCCACAGCCAUGGGAGCAGUAACGCCCACACCAACACCACCAACAACAACAACAACAACAAUCCUCACAAAGCGAACAACAACCACAAGGAGCUGCAGCAGAUCAAGCAGCGUCGCCCCAAGACCACCAUCAACAACAACAACAUCAUCGACGAUGGCUGCCAGGCAGGAGCGGAGGAGGAGGAGGAGGAGCAUCUGGAGGAGCAGCAGCAGCAGCAGCAGCAGCAGCCGAGGAUGAAGGAGGAGCAUCCCGAUCCAGACACCGAUGAGGAUAUGGCCAUGCCGCUAUCCAUUACGAGCACCCCGGAUGUGGCCACCCUCCUGGCCGGAGUCAACGCAUCCUCGCGGGCUGCCUCGCGCUCCCGCUCCAGCUCCCCCGCCCCGGCCAUGCCCCUGCUGAGCUGCCCCGCGUGCGGCGCCUCCGACUUCGACACGCUGCCGGGGCUGUGCGCCCACCUGGAUGCCCGCCACUCGGACAUACCCGCCAAGUGCCGCGAGUGCGAGGUGAUCUUCGCCAGCCACCGCCAGCUGCAGGCGCACUGCUGCCGCGGCCUGGUGGGCGUGGAUCUGCCGCCGCUGCUGGGCGCCAGCAGCUCCCCGCUGCACCACGGCGAAGGGGAGAAUGAGAAUGAGGAGGAGGACGAGGACGAGGCCAGGACCGAGCGGGAGGCGGAGCAGGAGUUUUUCCAGCAGCUGUACCUCAAGGGCAAGGCAGCCGCCGCUGCCGCUGCCGCAGCCGCAGCUGCCGCCGGGGCAUCCACCUCGGCGCCGCCGUCGCCCAUCAAGCACGAGCCGGCGGACAGCAAGGAUCUGGCUGACAUCCAGAGCAUCCUGAACAUGACCAGCUCCAGCUGCACCUCCAGCUUCCUGCGCAACUUCGAGCAGUCGGUGAACACGCCCUGCUCCAGCCAGUACAGCCUCGACGGGCGCGACCAGGAGGAGGAGGCCCAGGACGUCUUCACCUCCGAGUUCCGGCGCAUGAAGCUGCGCGGCGAGUUCCCCUGCAAGCUCUGCGCCGCCGUUUUCCCCAACCUGCGCGCCCUCAAGGGCCACAACCGGGUGCAUCUCGGCUCCGUCGGCCCCUCCGGCCCCUUCCGCUGCAACAUGUGCCCCUACGCCGUCUGCGACAAGGCCGCCCUCGUGCGCCACAUGCGCACCCACAACGGGGAUCGGCCCUACGAGUGCGCCGUCUGCAACUACGCCUUCACCACGAAGGCCAACUGCGAGCGGCACCUGCGCAACCGGCACGGCAAGACCAGUCGCGAGGAUGUGAAGCGGGCCAUCGUCUACCAUCCGGCAGAGGACGCCAGCUGCGAGGACAGCAAGUCGCGGCUAGGCCUCGGCGACGAUCUGGCCGAUCUGAGCUUCCGCUCCGUCUCGCCACCACCGCCGCCGCCACCACCACCACCACCCACCGUGCCGAUCGCCGAGGGCGGCUCCCAGCUGAAGCACAUGCUCCUGGGAGAGCCCACAGCUGUAGCCGCAGGAAGCGCUGCAGUCGCCGGGCCCCCAUCCAAGAUCCAGGUGAAGAGCCUCGACCAGCUGGUGGACAAGAAGCAGCCUCCACCCACAGGCGGCAGCGGCAGCGGCAGCGGCACAGCCCUGGACUUUAGCAUGGAUGUGCUGGAUCUCAGCAAGAAGCCAACCGCCUCCGCCUCCGGUUCUGCUUGCGCCUCGGCCACAGCGACACCCUCAACGGUGCCGGAACUGUCCGCCGUCCUGGAGCAGCAGCAGCAGCAUCUCCUGCUCGCCCAGCAGCAGUUCUUUGGAGGAGCAGCAGCAGGAGGAGGAGCAGCAGCUGGAGGAGGAGCUGGAGCUGGAGCAGGCGAUGCCGCCUCCCAGUACAUGCAGCAGCUAUUCCGCAACCUCAUGUUCCAGUCACAGACGCCGGGCUUCCCGUUCUUUGGGUUCAUGGCCCCGCCGCCGCCCCAGGGCAGUGCCGAGAAGCAGCCGCCGCAGCUGAGUCCACCGUCGCGCAUGGGCAGCAUGCCGCUGCCGAUGCCGGUGGGCGUGGGCGUGGGUGUGCCCGUGCCGCCCGGCGGCCCCGUCAAGAUGGUCAUCAAGAACGGAGUGCUGAUGCCCAAGCAGAAGCAGCGCCGCUACCGCACCGAGCGGCCCUUCGCCUGCGAGCACUGCUCCGCGCGCUUCACCCUGCGCUCCAACAUGGAGCGGCACGUGAAGCAGCAGCACCCCCAGUUCUAUGCCCAGCGGCAGCGCAGCGGACACCACGUGAUGCGCGGACGCGGCGCCUCCAAUGCCGCCGCAGCUGUGGCCGCGGCCGCUGCCGCAGCGGCAGCCAUGAGCCAGGGCGGCUCGGGGGCGGGCCAUGUGCACGGCCAUGCCCCCAUCUCGGAGCAGGUGAAGUACGCCAUCCUGGCGCAGCAGCUGAAGGCGCACAAGAACACGGACCUGCUGCAGCAGGCGCUGGCCCAUGGCUCCAGCAGCGUGGCCGGGGCCAAUCCCCUCCUGCAGCACUUUGGCUACGGCCCACCACCACCACCCUCGCACUUGCACCCCCACUCCCACGCGCAGUCCCACGCCCACUCGCAGUCCCACUCCCACUCGCAGUCCCACUCCCACGCCCAGUCGUCCGGCUCGUCGCAUCUGGCGAAUGGCAUCCACAAUGGGGUUGGCCAGGCAACGGCGAGCGCCAUCGAUGAUGAUGAGCCCAAGCUGAUCAUUGACGAGGAUGAGGAUGAGGAUGGCGAGGGGGAUGUGGAGGAGUUCGAGGACGACGACGAAGAGGAGGAGGAGGAGGACGAGCACGAGGACGAGGAGCCAGAGGAGCCAGAGCCAAUGGAUGAGUCGGAGCAGGCGCAGGACGAGCCGAAAGAGGAGGAGCAGGAGCUGCCCAAGAAGCCCCUGGAGCAGUCGGCAUCGCCAGCCCCUGAGGCGGCCAAGAAGAUGGCCGACACCAUCCUCGAGCAGGCCAUCAAGGCGGGCAAGUCGGCGACGCCCACGGCCACGGCCACGCCCUCGACCUCGCCCUCCCCCGCGGCAUCGCCCAUCGAGAUCAAUGCCAUGCCAGAGCCGAGUCCACCGAAUCCCACGAUGAAGUCGAUGAUCGCCCAGGCCGAGUCGGUGGCCAAGUCGCUGAAGGAGGUGGCCAGCUCGCCGUUCAAGGACGAGUCGCAGGAUCUGGUGCCGGUGGCCAAGCUGGUGGACAACGCCACCAGCAGCCAGAUGAGCUUCAACAGCUACUUCCGGCCCAGCGACGUGGCCAACCACAUGGAGCAGAGCGACGAGGAGGGCCUCGUGGCCUCCGGCAGCGCCAGCGAGAGCAACAACUCCGGCACGGAGGACGUCACCAGCAGCAGCUCCGGCAGCGAGCCCAAGAAGAAGUCCGCCUACAGCCUGGCGCCCAACCGCGUCUCCUGCCCCUACUGCCAGCGCAUGUUCCCCUGGAGCAGCUCGCUGCGCCGCCACAUCCUCACCCACACCGGCCAGAAGCCCUUCAAGUGCUCCCACUGCCCCCUGCUCUUCACCACCAAGAGCAACUGCGACCGCCACCUGCUGCGCAAGCACGGCAACGUCGAGUCCGCCAUGUCCGUCUACGUGCCCACCGAGGACGUCAGCGAGCCGAUUCCCGUGCCCAAGUCCGUCGAGGAGAUCGAGCUGGAGGAGCAGCGUCGCCGGCAGGAGGCGGAGCGGGAGCGCGAGCGCGAGCGGGAGCGGGAGCUGGAGCGGGAGCGCGAGAAGCAGCUGGAGCUGGAGCUGGAGCGCGAGCGGGAGCUGGAGCGGGAGCGCGAAAAGGAGCGCCUGCUGCUCAUCCAGAAGCUGGCGGCACAAAUGAAUGCCGCUGCAGCCGCCGCCGCUGCGGCCUCUGCCUCUGCCUCGGCCUCGGCCUCGGGCGAUGCUGGCGCCGGCGGAGAUCUGCCGUACAAGUGCCACCUGUGCGAGGGCUCGUUCGCCGAGCGGCUGCACUGCCUCGAGCACAUCAAGCAGUCGCACGCCCACGACUUCGCCCUGCUCCUGGCCAAGGGAGCCAUCGAGCCGGAGGCAGGCACCGCCCGUCCGAGCGAGUCCAACCAGCAGCAGCAGAGCACUCCGGGUGCCGGCUCCGACGAUGAGGCGAGUGGCGGAGGGGCGCGCGGGGGCUCUGGCAAGUAUCCGGACUACAGCAACCGCAAGGUGAUCUGCGCCUUCUGCCUGCGCCGCUUCUGGUCCACCGAGGACCUGCGCCGCCACAUGCGCACCCACUCCGGCGAGCGGCCGUUCCAGUGCGAGAUUUGCCUGCGGAAGUUCACCCUGAAGCACAGCAUGCUGCGCCACAUGAAGAAGCACAGCGGACGCGCCCACAACGGCGACAAUCCGGGGUCCGACUGCUCCGACGACGAGCAGGUCGCCACUCCGCCACCCACCCCGGGACCCACUCCCACGUCAGCCACCCCCAACAACAACAACAGCUGCCAGAACAACAACAACAACAACAACAACAACAACAAUACGAACGGCAAGCUGGGUCUGCGCCUGCCGAAGCUGCACGAGCUGCUGGACAAGUCGAGCGAGUGGCGAGUGGCCAGCCGGCUGGGGGAGCACAAGGAGAAUAUCGGGGAGGCGGCGACGCCGCCAUCAGUGGCCGCCUCGGUGGCCAGCUCCGAUCUGAUUGGCAACCUGCUGGGCAUCAGCGACCAGGGCAUCCUGAACAAGCUGCUCUCCUCCGCCGACGAGGCGGCCAAGCUCCUGGGAGUGGAGAACAAGUAGAUUGGAGGAGGGUGGACGGUGGAGGGUGGAGGGUGGAGUCCCACCAAGCAGUAAGCAAUAACAAAAUUACUUAGCAUACAGUGAAACACCAGAAGAGGAAACAGCAGCAGCAGCAGCAGCAGCAGCAGCAGCAGCAAACCAUUUACCGCCUUACGUAUACCAAAGCUUAAAUAGUUUCAAAUAACAAUUAAUAUAAUGCAUAAACUAAUAAUAAUAGCAUCUGUAAUCGAUAUACUCUUAAAGAAUGUUCGUGCGCUCUUUUUUUUUGUAGUAAUUAAAUUUAAAUGUUUUUUUGUGGCAUUCCAUUGUUCAGUUAAGCGGUCCAACCGAAGGAUGUGGGCAGACAAGUUGCAAACAGAAAUCAAAACAAACAAAAACUAAAGCAAAAAGCUCGAGUGUAGGACCAAGAGGUUUAUUUUAUUCUAUUUUUUUUUGUAUUCUGAUAAGAGCUUAGAGGAUAAGUAAUGAUUGAUUGAUUGAUUGAUUGAUGGAUUGAUUGAUUAGCUGCAAUGAAACAACGAAACAUUUUUACAUGACAUGAUGAAACAAACGAAAAGACUUGAAGGCAAAGAAGACAAAACCAGAGGCGAUACUACUACAAAUACAACCACACACACACACACACAAACACACACACACA